AUGCUUUCAAGAGCUGCGUUGGCGAAUAUUGCUACUCCCCCCACCUCUCUACCACCCAAAAAGUGGAUACGACAUUCGGACCGAAGAGCUAGAGCUGGUCGAUCCGUUUGGAAAGAACCUAAUGACGACUCCCCACUCCCUGGUUCUACCAAGGGAGAUUCGAAAUCGAGCAAAAAGCCAAACGAAGAGAUGGACAUGUCUGUUGUCCAUGAUUCCCGAGGUAAGGUCAAGUCCGAAAAAGAAGCCGAUUCACCACAAACCAGCACGACUCUUCGAAUUCAUCCUCAAGAACGUAAUUCAAAGUUGGAAGACAGAGUGCAGGACUCAAAGUUUUCCGACCCAUUCAUCUGCAAGUCCAGCACUUCAGGACUUCCUAUUGAAUCGACCACACCGGCCACACUCUACAAAAGAGACCGCGUCACCAGCACGCAUGCAUCCUCCAAAGAUCGGCCGCUCAUAACCGACUCAAAGCCACGCAACCGGAUCGCUUCGACGUCGCACGAACACAAGUCAGACUCAAAGCUUCCUGUUCGAUCUGUCUGCGAACCUCGUCGUUCGAGACCAUCGAUUCCAUCGACUCCACCAGCCACGACUUACAAAAAAAACCAUAUCAUCGACAAUGACACAUCAUCCACAGACCGGGUAUUCACAACUAGUUUGAAAAAGCCACACAAUCCGCAUACAUCGGUGCUGGACGACCUAGACACGAAGCCUUCCCGUUCAUCGAUGUACCAGGAGGGCAGUUCUAGAAACCCUAUCGAACUCACCUCUCCACCUACAACCGACCAAAGGAGCUAUACACUAUCCAAAAACCGGAUGCCUGGCACCUCUAUAAGGCCACAAAAAUUAUUUGUAUGUCGUGAACUUGGUUUACCUCCUACUCCAUAUACCUCUCGUCGCAUACGACACUCUUCUUCUGUCUCGCCUCCUUCGAAACUGGACAUGUGCAAAUCAGAAGACGAGACAGUGAAGGAGGACAUGAAGGACGAUCCGUUCACAGCGAAGAGUACAGAGCCUAAAGCUCGACGCGAACCAAGGCAACGGAGUCCGUUUGAGCAAUACCCAGGUCAAAAUUUUAUGAGAGAAAUUCAGAAAAAACGAAAGGAAGACUUGAAUCGAAAGCGUAAAUUGAGUGAGGAUAUGAAUAGCGAUUCCAAGCGAUCGUCAGGUGGAUUCAUGUCACGAUUCGAAAUCGAUGCCGAGAAUAACUUUGGAGUUGGGCACGUAUUUAAUGAAGUGGCGAGAGGUAAAGAGGCUAGGAAACAGAUGCAUGGCGCAGAUUGUGAUUGUUGUGCUGGGUACUAUGAACAGGCCGCCAAAGAUCUUCGUAUACCCUUGAAGGAAUUACCGAAUCGGAUGGGACAGCACAAAAACGACAUAUCAAGACAUCGGCACUUCAAUCCUCCCCCCACUACUCCACCAGGUUAUUGGCAAAUGGGGUUUCCAGACACCCCACAAGUUAAAACUAUCAAUCGACAGGCGCAGGAAAACAAAAGACGUAAACUUGAAAUUGUUGAAGCGCAAGCUAAAUGGAGUUGGUCCCUACAAAUUCAGAACUUGAACAUUGAAGUUGAUAUCUGUAAUGAGCUCGCUUGUCUAAUUUUAUUUUUUCUCCUCACACUUGAUUUUCCGUUCCAAUUUGAAUGA